AUGUGGCCUCUUCCCCCCAUUCAUAAAUCCAGCGCAGGGCACGGAUGGCGGGCGGGGCUGAGAGGAGCGCGGCGUUCGGGCGGGCGGGGACUGCGCAGGGCGAGGCGGCAGCAGGAAAACAAGCGCGCCGCAGGAGCGAGCCUCCGGUCCUGCGUCCGCGGCUCGGCGGCGGCUGGGAGCGGCGCUGGGCUGGGCGCUGCGGGGGCCGUGCUGGGGCGGGGGGGCCUCAGACGGGGCGUCCUGCGCGGCACCGAGCCUGGGAGGCGGGGCCGCUUUGGGGAGCCGGGCUCCGGGGAGCGGGGCUCUGGGCACUGGCGAAGGAGUCUCCCGGGCAGCGGCCGAGCGGCCAAGGACACCUGCAGGCUUCCCGAGCUGCGCCGAGCGGGAGCCUCAGCGCAGCGCCCCGGCGCCAGGCUCCUGCGAUCUGGCGGCGCUGGGAGCCACGCCAUCCACGCGUCUGCCCAUCUCCGGGCGGGGCGCCGGCCUUGGCUCUCGGCAGCCUCCUUGUCCAUCUGGAUGGUGUAAGGAGGACUUCAAGGCGGAAGUGCAAGGUGACUGACACCUGCCCUGGACACCUGUGCACAAUCUGAUGUCCAGAUCAGGCAGUACCUGGCUCUACUGGGAAAAACAAGACAAGGAGCUGGAUGUGCUCUGAGGAAAGGUUACACGCCUGGUGCAAGUGCAAGGAAUUCUAACAAUGAAAAGUCUUAUCAUUAAUGAGGUCAGAAAACCAAAUGCUGGUGAUCUUUGAUGAUCUGCACUAAUCUGCAGAGGAGGUAGGCACCAUCCUGGACUGUGGUCAGAAACACACAUUUGCUGCCCCUCCCCCAUUUGUGUCUAGUCCACCCACCCCUUGGACCUGAUGUCUACAUUUCAGAGUUUAGGUAGCUUUGAGUUUGCUGCUGCAAAAAAGAAAUAUCCCAAAUAUGACUGGGAAGAGAAGACCCAGGGCAGGCCAGAAGGCUGAGUGAGGAAGGAAGAACCACACAAGAAUACUAAAGAACUGGCUGUAAUGAAUAGCUUUCAAGUCCUAGCUGGCAAACUCCGUUGGGGUGUCUCCCUGACUUUCCAUUCUUCAGGCUGGCUGAACUCAGGUGUUCGAAGAAAGUGGAGAGGUUGAUGGCAGGGGGGUGAGAGAGGGGGAGAAACUAUCCCAGCAUCCACACUUGAGACAUUUGUUCACCCAGUAAAUAUUUCUUGAGUGCCUACUGUGUGCCAGAAGCUGUUGCAGGCCUGGAAAUCAAUGAAUAAAACAGAGCCCGCCACCUCGCCUGGUAAA